CACCAUUUGCCUCACACACUGCAAUACAUCUCUUUCACACAGUUAAUCUGGUUGUUGAUUGUGGCCUGUGGAAUGUUGGUUCACUCUUCCAUGGCUGUUGCUGGAUAUUGGAGCACGCUGUCAUACACGCCAAUCCAGACGGUGACGUGCGGUGAGGUUCAUGGCUGGUGGGGCUCUGAUUCCCUUGGAUUUUUUUUAUGUUAAUACUGGUUGCUCAUUAAAAGGAUAGCAAAAAAACAGACUAAUUCACUUUGGUUAAAAAUGAAGUCACAACAACAGCUGUGGUGAUAUGAAGCCUUGCAGGAUAAUGACAGGGCUGCGUACAAUGAAUCCAUUCCCACAAAGCAGGCACCUCUUCACAGCAAGUUUGCAGAAAGGGAAGCUGAACAUUUCUCAACAGAGAGAGUCGUGCGUUGCUGAAUUUUAGAUUUCACAAUGCUAUGUGAUGUCAUCACUGACCAUGUGUGGAUGCCCUUUUUUUGUUUAAUUCGCUCACCAUGUUGUCAAGCUGGCUGCAUUUGAAUGAUCUCUGUCAAGAUGUGGAUAAUGUGACGGACUGAGAAAUAUGCAGUUUGUGGGAUAACACGAAGACUGCUAACAGCCUCUAUACAAAGCCAAAUAUAAGCACAAUUACCAGGCUGAGCGAGCCUCUGUAUCCAUUUGUUCUGCUCCAAUUUGUUCUGUAUGUAGGUCAUCAGUAGAGGUCCAGGGUUGCAGUAGAAUGCUCGCCAUGCACGCCAUCAGAUACUGUAUAUGCAGUGCAAUCAUCGGUUCUGUUUUGCUUGAAUCCAGUCAUCUAUUAAUUGUACUGUAUAUAUGUGAUACAUACUGUCAAAAGACUAGACUAGUUUUAUGGGUUUAUUUUUAUCAACUGGAUGUACUGAGAAAUUUGAGAUGGGUUCAUGUGUUUCUACACCACGUUUUCUUUAAAUACAACCUAAUGCAAGUGACAAACUCGUUGCGGACUGUUACAUUGUCUGUUUUCCUAGUUUCUGGGUGUUCAUUUUUCUGUGGUCUUGUUUUAAUAUGUACCGGUGGCUGCACCUUAGUUUGGGGAUAGUUUGGGGAUUGAAGUAGUGCCCCCCUCCACUGAUGUUUGUUUUUUCAAAGCUCCCCCUGAGAAGGACCAGGGAUGGCACUUCCCAUUGCCUCAGGUGUCACCCCUGACGUCAACAAACUACACACACAGUUUGCCUCUCUUGUGACACCCAGUGGUUCAGUUUGUAUGUGAAGUCUGCGCUCACAGUGAAUAUACAUGCACUUCAUCAACUGCAGAUGUUGUUAAGCACUGCUAACAAUCUAAUGUCAUGCAUAUUUCUUGUUUUGGUUUUGAUGUGUUGCAUUUUUAAAUCCACAUUCAUGAGCCUGUGCGUUCACUUUAAAAGAAUGACCGAAUAAUCUGGUGUCCCAGUUUCCCCUCUGUGAUGACUUUUAAUCAAUGAGUUUAUCCAGAGCCAGCAUAAUCUGAUGGGACUAACUGGACUCAACAAGGUUUAUUCUUUUUUAACAUUUAAAUUUAUUUAUAUUGGAAUCAAUUAAAGUUUACUAUACAGGCUUUCAGGAAUACAUUUUAGCACCAGCGUGAUUUAAAGAUAAUCCACAGACUCAGAAUUGAACCUGCAUGUCUUGCCAUCAAGUGAGGUGCAUCAUCUGAAUAGUAAGUAGCCUACUUUUUAUAUGAUGAACACAUUAGUAUUAGUAACAAGUAUUGUGUCUUCAAACUUUUUCAGCAUCUAUUGCUCGCUAUGAAUGUUUCUGUUUAAGCUACACAUUGUAUGAAUGACCAGGAUAGUUAGUCUACCCCUCACCUGGCAUCCUGUCAUUCUUGUAAACUGACAUGUAUAAUCACUGUGUUUUCACAGGCAAGUUAUGGCAGCAGAAUUAGACGUUGUGAAUUUGUUUAUAAUUGCUGGGGGAACACUGGCUAUUCCCAUUUUGGCAUUUUUUGCCUCCUUUCUUCUGUGGCCCUCAAUGCUCAUUAAAGUCUACUACUGGUACUGGAGGAGGACUCUCGGUCUCCAGGUCCGCUAUACAGACUGUGGCGGCUAUCGCUUCUGUUACUCCAGCAGAGGAAAGCCCGGGUUGAGACCUUCCAUUCUGAUGCUGCAUGGCUUCUCUGCUCACAAAGACACCUGGCUCACGGUUGUCAAGUAUCUACCAAAACAUCUGCACAUUGUAUGUGUGGACAUGCCAGGCCAUGAGGGCACAACACGCACCAACAAAGAGGAUUAUUCCAUUCUUGGGCAAGUCAGAAGGAUUCAUCAGUUUGUGGAAACCCUUCGCUUAAAUCGGAAACCUUUCCAUGUGAUUGGGACCUCCAUGGGGGGAAACGUAGCUGGAGUGUACGCUGCCACCUAUUCCUCCGAAAUAUGUAGCAUGACUCUGAUUUGCCCAGACGGUAUCAAACACCCAUGCGAGUCCAAAUUUGACAAUCAUCUGCAAGACCUAGAACGCAGCAAUUUCACACUGAACAUCCCACUGAUCCCAACUACACCUGAGGAGAUGGAGGACAUGUUCAAACUGUGUUCACAUGUUCGCUUCAAAAUCCCUCAGCAGAUUCUUCAAGGACUAGUAGAUGUCCGACAGCCCCACAACUCGUUUUAUGAGGAAGUGUUUAUGGAGAUUGUGGAUGAGAAAUCCAGAUAUGCCUUACAGGAACACUUGCAUCUCAUCACUGCACCUUUACAGGUUAUUUGGGGAAAACAGGACCAGGUGGUGGAUGUGUCUGGAGCCGCAGUCAUUGCAGACAUCUUGCCUGCAUGCAGAGUGGACCUGCUGGAGAACUGUGGCCACUCUGUGGUGAUGGAGAGGCCUUGUCGUACAGCCAAACUCAUCCUAGAUUUCAUUAUACUGCAGCAAGAUGCACGAGGAGAAUCAAGGCCAACCACAUCUGCUGCUCUGUGUUUUGGUUCUGGCCAAGUGUGUAUUUCUCUCCAAAUGGAUAAUGGAGACUGGGGCCAUAGGAUGACUACUCCCGUUACCUUAAACGUAGGAGGUCACCUGUACACGACAAGCUUGUCCACACUGCAGCGUUAUCCGGACUCCAUGCUGGGUGCCAUGUUCCGGGGAGAUUUCCCGACAACCCGUGAUUCCCAAGGAAAUUAUUUUAUUGAUCGAGACGGGACACUUUUCAGAUAUAUCCUGAACUUCCUGCGGACAUCGGAGCUAACCCUCCCGGUUGACUUCACAGAGACAGACCUCCUGAGGAAGGAGGCAGACUUCUAUCAGAUUGAACCUUUGAUCCAUUGCCUCAGUGAUCCCAAGCCGCUGUACCCUCCAGACAUCUUCGAGCAGGUCGUGGAGCUUUCCAGCACCCGCAAACUGUCCAAAUAUUCUAACCCAGUAGCUGUCAUCAUCACACAGCUAACUAUAACAACGAAGGUGCACGCCCUGUUAGAAGGUAUUUCCAACAACUUCACCAAGUGGAACAAACAUAUGAUGGACACCAGAGAUUGCCAGGUGUCCUUCACCUUCGGACCGUGUGACUAUCAUCAGGAGGUGUCCUUGCGUGUUCACCUCAUGGACUACAUCAUGAAACAAGGCUUCACCAUCCGUAAUACACGAGUGCACCACAUGAGUGAACGAGCAAAUGAGAACACAGUAGAACAUCACUGGACUUUCUGUAGACCGGCUCACAUAGUUGAAGACUGACUUAUUGUGGAGGACAUUUGUUCUUGUCUGAUUGUCCGUGCUGUUACAUAUAUUGUGGUUUAAGAGGCCAAAUGUCCAAAUGCAUUGCAUAAAGGGAAUAUUUUUUCUUGCUCUAUUAGAAUGUUAUCUUCAUAAAGCACAGCUUCCGAAAUAUUGAGCCAUUUUAAAGUCUUUAGUAGCAACACUGUGUAAAGUAUAUGCUACAAAAGAAAUUAGCAAUACGUCCUGCAACAGUUAUGCUGCAAUAAUGCAAUUGUGAAUUUGAAACAAUAAUUGGAGGCUGCAGCCUAUGUGUGGUAUUCUCAAUCGAACCUUUUUUGAGAAUUGAAGCUUGUUUCAAGAUUGUGGUGUAGGACAGUUUGGUUAAAUGCGAAUAAGAAGACUAAAAAGUGUACCACAUGUAGGAUGUUUGCCUCAGGGCCUCACCAACCUUUGUGGAGUUGACAGCUCUUCUUGUGGCACUUUGUCGAAAAAUGACAUUUGCAUCAACACUUGACAGCAUUCUGUCCAGUUAUAAUCAAGUCCAUUCCUGGUGAACCCAUGGCAUGGAGUUUGAAAGAAGUCUCAUAGUCGUCACAGUUCUUUUUCUGACCAAUGUAGUUGUUGCAUGUAUUUAAUGUACAGUAUGUGUAUUAUCUGUGUCUUGGCAGGUGUAUGUCAAGCUGUUACUUUAUGUGGUUACAUAUUGUAGUUUUAUGUCAUACUGUUACACCUUGGUAGUCAAUAAACCCAUGUUUUAUUUUUGA